AUGCUGGUGAAACCUAUGCCCAACAUGAUUGCCUUGGGGCGCGGGGGAAUGGCCAACAACCACGUUGGCAACAAGGAAUACAGAACCAUCAUUGCCCGCCACAAGACUGCCUAUCUCGGCGCAAAACGUCGUAAGGACAAGCAUGUCAUUGUCAAGCAAGUCUUCGUCCAGCUCAAGGAGAGAGGCUUCACGUUUGUUGAGAAGAUUGGUGAGUCUUGGGUCGAGGCAUCGACAAAGAGGUCUCGAGGCAAGGUCGUCCAGGCCCUACGUGAAGGUGCCCCCACUCUCAGAAAGGGAAAGAAGACUGAGGACCUCGCCGCCACCGGUACUGUCACAGAGCAAGGAGCUCCCGCCACCGAUGGUGACGACGACAACAACGACGCUUGGGUCGACAUGAUGUUGUCUCAGAAUGACGAGAUGGAAGUGGACCAUUGGAAGCAGCUCUUUGAUCAGGAUUCCUUGCCUCUGUUGCCGUGCAUAUCGUUUGAAGCGGAGGAGGAUGCUGGUUGGCAGGAGGUCGAUUCCUUUCUACGGGUCCUCGACAUGUACAUGUAG